UGGAUAGAGAUGAUCAGACUGGAGACCUGCAGCAGGAUUCUCCUCAACCAAUGAAUGAUGAACUACAGAGAGUCAAAGACAGACACAAAACCAGCAUGAAGAACAAGUAUGAGAGAUUAUUUGAGGGAAACAAACUCCAAGAGAAUGAAACCCUCCUGAACAGGAUCUACACACAGCUCUACAUCAUAGAGGGAGAGAGUGAAGGAGUGAAUGAAGAACAUGAGGUUUUACAGAUGGAGAAAACCGCUAGAACACAACACUCACAAGACACUCCAAUCUAUUGCAAUGACAUCUUUAAAGCCUCACCUGAACCAGAAUGUAAGGAGAAAUAUCAAAUCAAGACUGUUCUUACUAAAGGAAUCGCUGGAAUCGGAAAAACCAUCUCUGUGCAGAAGUUCAUUCUGGACUGGGCAGAGGGAAAAGCCAAUCAGGAUGUAGAUUUUAUGUUUGUGCUUCCAUUUCGAGAGCUGAACUUGAUCCGAGAUCAUCAGUACAGUCUUCACAGACUUCUGCUGGACUUUCAUCCUGAACUUCAAGAUCUGGACUCAAAGGUUUAUGAGGAGUGUAAAGUUGUGUUCAUCUUUGAUGGUCUGGAUGAAAGCAGAAUGACACUGAUGUUUUCAGACGAUGAGAAAGUUUCUGAUGUGACUGAGACUUCAUCAGUGGGUGUGUUGAUGUCAAAGCUCAUGAAAACAAAACUGCUUGUUUCAGAUGCUCAGGAAGUUUCUGAUGUGACUGAGACUUCAUCAGUGGGUGUGUUGAUGUCAAAUCUCAUGAAAGGAGAGCUACUUCCCUCUGCUCUCAUCUGGAUCACCUCCAGACCAGCAGCAGCCAAUCAGAUCCCCUCCAAAUACAUCAACCGUCUGACAGAGAUUCAGGGAUUCAAUGAUCCUCAAAAGGAGGAAUAUUUCAGGAAGAGAAUCAGUGAUGAGGAUCAAGCCAGCAGAAUCAUUUCACACAUCAGAAGAGCAAGAAGCCUCCACAUCAUGUGCCACAUACCCGUCUUCUGCUGGAUCUCAUCCACUGUGCUUCAGAAGCUCCUGAAAGAAGAUCUGAGUGCAGAAAUCCCUCAAACUCUGACUGAAAUGUACAUUUACUUCCUGCUGAUUCAGAUCAACAUGAGGAAUCAGAAGUAUGAAGAGAGAAAUCCAGAGAAACUCCUGCAGUCCAACAGAGAAGUGAUUUUGAAACUUGCUGAAGUGGCUUUCAAACAGCUGAUGAAGGGCAAUGUGAUGUUCUAUGAGGAGGACCUGAAAGAGAGUAGCAUAGACGUCACUAAUGCCUCAGUGUAUUCUGGGAUUUGCACUGAGAUCUUUAAGGAGGAAUCUGUGAUUCAUCAGAGGAAAGUCUACAGCUUCAUUCAUCUGAGCGUUCAGGAGUUUCUUGCUGCUUUCUAUGUGUUUUACUGCUAUCUAACAAAGAAGGAGGAAGCACUGCAGUUUUUUCAGUAUAGAUUCAGAAGUUUCAGAUAUUAUGAAGACUCUCUGUAUGAGUUACUUACAUCAGCAGUAAAUAAAGCCCUUGAGAGUAAGAAUGGACAGCUGGAUCUGUUCCUGCGGUUCCUGCUGGGAGUCUCACUGGAGUCCAAUCAGAGACUUUUACAGGAUCUACUGAGAUACAGAGAGAAAAGCUCAGAAAGCAUCAGGAAAAUCACACAGUACAUUCAAGAGAAGAUCAAAGAUGGAUAUGGACUCUGCACUGAAAGAUCAAUCAAUCUGUUUCUCUGUCUGCUGGAAGUGAAAGAUCUGACUCUGUCCAGUGAGAUUCAGGAGUUUGUGAAAUCAGACAAACACUCAGAGAAGAAACUCUCUCCUGCUCACUGCUCAACAAUCGCCUACAUGAUUCAGAUGUCAGAGGAGCCGCUGGAUGAGCUGAACCCCAAGAAAUACAACACAUUAGAUGAGGGUAGAAGAAGACUGAUACCAGCUGUGAUCAACUGCAGAAAAGCUCUUCUUUCUGGAUGUAAUCUCACUGGUCAGUGUUGUGAGAGUUUGUCAUUAGCACUACAGUCCUCAAACUGUGUCCUGAGAGAGCUGGACCUGAGUAAUAAUGACCUGCAGGAUUCAGCAGUGAAGCUGCUCUCUGAUGGACUGAAGAGUUCAAACUGUCAGCUCCAGAUACUGAGACUUGCUGGCUGUAAUCUCACUGUUCUUUGCUGUGGGAGUUUAUCAUCAGCUCUUCAAUCCUCAAACUGUGUCCUGAGAGAGCUGGACCUGAGUAAAGAUGACCUACAGGAUUCAGGAGUGAAGCUACUCUCUGAUGGACUGAAGAAAAACUGUCAACUGCAGAUACUGAGUCUUGCUGGCUGUAAUCUCACUGUUCAGUGUUGUGAGAGUUUGUCAUCAGCUCUUCAAUCCUGUGUCUUGAGAGAGCUGAACCUGAGUAACAAUGACCUGCAGGAUUCAGGAGUGAAGCUGCUCUCGGAUGGACUAAAGAGUCCGAACUGUCAGCUGCAGAUACUGAGGUUGUCUGGCUGUAUGGUGACAGAGGAAGGCUGUGGUUUUGUGUCUUCAGCUCUGAGUUCAAACCCCUCACACCUGAGAGAGCUGGAUCUGAGCUACAAUCACUCAGGAUAUUCAGGAGUCAAACUGCUCUUGGAUAAAGUGAAGGAUCCAAACUGCUCACUGCAGAUAAUCAAUGUGGAUCAUGGAUUAGCAAUUAGGAUCACAGCAGGACCACGAAAGUAUGCCUGUGAUCUCACACUGGAUCCAAACACAGCAAACACUCGUCUCAUUCUGUCUGAGGAGAACAGGAAGGUGACUUGUGUAGAAGAGCAUCAGUCGUAUCCUGAUCAUCCAGAGAGAUUUGAUGUGUAUCAUCAGGUUCUGUGUGGAGAGAGUCUGACUGAAUGUUGUUACUGGGAGGCUGAAUGGAGCGGAUGUGUUGAAAUAUCUGUGACAUAUAAAGAAAUUAGCAGGAAAGGACGGAGUGAUGACUGUGUGUUUGGAUACAAUGACAAAUCCUGGAGUCUGUACUGCUCUGAUAACAGAAUCACUGUCCGUCACAAUAAUAACAUCACUGAAAUACCUGCCAUCCGUUCAUCCUCUAAUAGAGCAGGAGUGUAUGUGGACGUGUCGGCCGGCACUCUGUCCUUCUACAGUGUCUCUGACACACACACACUCACACACUUACACACAUUCAACACCACAUUCACUGAACCCCUCUGUGCUGGAUUUAGGGUUUAUAAUGAUUCUUCAGUGUCUCUGUGUCAGAUUAAAUAACACACACACACUUGUAAAUCCUCUUUCUAACAUCCACAUGGCUAUAGAGUCAUCAAAUCUCACAUAAUUACAUUUGUAUUAAUUCCUUUUUAAUUAAUGUUUUUCAUUAACAUCUAGAAAAAGUUAUAAAUCACCUGCUUUAAUAUGUAUAUUGUAGUGCUGUCAACGUUAACGCGUUAACGUAUGCGAUUAAUUCAAAAUCCUAAAUGCAUUAAAAUAUUUUAACGCAUAUUUAAUGCAAAAAAAUUAUGUAAGCAUGUGAAAUUGCGUCAUAUUGAAAUUCACGUCACGCAGUUAGAUGAUCUUAAAGUCCAUGAUGAUUAUAUCAGAGAUGGCAGAGAGAAUUAUUCAUUCCAGUGUCCAUUUCGCUUUAAAACUGAAACUCUCUGUCAUAUUCUGUCAUUGUAACUGAAGAGCGUGAGCCCUCCCAUUUGGCACACGCUUGCGCCGCAGUUCAUCCCAAAUUUGACGACGCAUUAAUAAAAGGGUUUGUUGAAAACAAUGUGCAAAACAGACAGACGGAUUUGGCUAAUGUAUGUUUCAGUCGAUGGAUGUGUAUUCUAGUUUCCCAAUACGUUACAACUGCGAUGAUCAAAAGAAUAUGGACAAAACAGUCUAAACAAAUGUUCAAUGAUGUACCGAAAGCUCUAUGCCCAGUCAUUUACAUCGUCAUCACCAGGGUGUUGAUAGCUCUCGAGUGCAUGUGAGACCUGAACAUGUCACGUUGCUAUCUUUGUUUAAAGUAAACUCAUUUAAACCAUGACGUGAAAGAGAGCUUGCGCACUCUGUGAGGAGAUUUGUGCAUGCGCUCAUCCGAAGUGCGUUCAUGGAGAACCACGUCAAAGCACGCAAAUUAUCUUUUAAGUCUUGCACCUAAACGGACAAAUUCUCAGAUAAAUUAUGUCAACAUGCCCAUCUUAGCGAGUAUCCUAACAAACAUAGUAGGUUAUGUCUUAAGAAAAACAGACAGCGCAUGUUUAUCAGGCUAACUUUUUUUCUCCUGCGUCCACACGAAACCACUGAAAUGACUCUUGACUGAAUAGCUUUUGUAAUUUCAUGUUUCAUGUUUAUUUAAUUUGAUGUGAGUUGUUGUUAGUUUGUAUGCAGUUAUUUUAUAUUUGAUUACUUUGUUCAAUUUCUGUAUCUGAAAACUAUUGUUAGAUAGUUGAAAAACCUGUAAAGCAUUGUUGAUUUGUUUUUUUGU